AUGUCAUCCAACUCCGAUGCGAAGUCCUUCCCCCGCCCAACGGCGGGGUAUACCCAACCAUUCUGGCGCACGCAAUCAGACCCUCUCGAUAACCAUCAAACGACUCCAGACCUGCCAGAGGAAACUGAUAUCUUAAUUAUAGGCGGCGGUUAUGUCGGAGCAUCGGCCGCUUAUCGCUUGCUUGCAGAGAACCCGCAAAAUCCAACCCCCCGGGUGGUGUUAGUUGAGGCCCGGGAGCUGUGUUCUGGUGCCACCGGGCGCAAUGGUGGUCAUUUGAGACCAGAUAUCUAUUAUGCAACGGCCUUGUUCGCCAAGCGCUAUGGUAUCGAAGCAGCAUCAGAGAUCGUGCGGUUUGAACUCUCACACAUGAAGAUCAUAGAGGAUCUGGUCCGUAAAGAGAACAUCGAUUGUGACCUCACUUUCACCCGCUCUUAUGACAUGUAUCUCGAUGAAAAUCAACUGAAGAAGGUGAAAACCUUGUACGAUUCGUUGGUUGAGCAGGGACUGGAUUUCAUGGAUGAUGUUAAAUACCUAUCUGAGGCCGAGACCCGAGAUAUUGCAUAUGUUCGAGACGCCAAAGGAGGCUUCAGUUUCCCGACAGGUCAUCUCUGGCCUUACAAACUCGUCGCCCAUCUCAUUCGUGUUGCCGUUUCCCACGGCCUGAACUUGCAAACCAAUACACCGGUAUCUGCAAUCGGAGAAACUCCAAACGCAGAUGGAUUUUGGCCGGUAACCACCAGCCGUGGUGUCAUUAGCGCGCGCAAGAUUAUCCUCGCUACGAACGCAUACACCAGCGCUUUGGCCCCGGAAUAUUCUAAGGCUAUUAUUCCCUGCAAGGGAGUCUGUAGCCACAUUGCUGCGGCACCUGGUGCACCCCACCAGGAGCUGCCUGGUACUUAUUGUACUCGAUCCGGUCCGGGGGCGUGCGUUUAUCAAAUUUCUCGGAAUGACGGGUCGCUCAUUGUCGGUGGGGCGGCGCAUCUUUAUAAUGAUGAUCGGGAGGAGUGGUAUAAUAAUUCCGAUGAUGGGAAGUUGAUUAAGGUUGCUGCGGAUUACCUUGAUGGGUAUAUGCAGCGCACGUUCCUUGGCUGGGAGGAUAGUAAGGCGGAGAUCAAACAUAUCUGGGCUGGUGUCAUGGGAUACAGUGCAGACUCGUUGCCUCAUGUUGGCAGUAUCCCGGGUAAACCAGGUCAGUUUAUCGCAGCUGGAUUCCAUGGUCAUGGUAUGCCCGUGGCAUUCUUGUCUGGUAAGGCUGUUGCAGAUAUGGUGCAGAGCUCGGUUCCGUUUGAGGAAACUGGUUUACCCAGAUUGUACAAGACGUCACUUGCUAGACUGGAUCCUGUUUAUGAUGAUAUCCUAGGCUAG